AUGAAGAUUGCUUCGAGUGACCCGAAAGGCCCAGCAUACAUUACUGGCGCGCGAGAAGUCCUGGCUGAGAAAACGGAGCAACCCUAUAGAAUCAAUGCUAAUAUGCAUAAAGCAAUUGGACCUGCUGCUUUGCCUCAAGAUGCCGUUGAAACAAUCGUCGAAAGUUUAGUCAAGGCACAAACACCUCUCAUUAUCACAGGAUACUCUGGAAGAAUUCAUGCUUGUCCAGAACAGCUCGUUAAGCUGGCAGAAGCAAUACCAGGCCUACGUAUCCUAGACACCGGAGGAUGCCAUAUAUGUUUCCCGGCUGAUCAUCCAAGCUAUGUGGGUUUUCGCUUAAGCUUUGAAGAGGUUACUACCAAGGCAGACGUUAUCUUGGUACUUGAUUGCGAUGUCCCGUGGAUUCCAUCUCGGAAUCCUCCCCGUGAAGAUGCGAAGAUCUACUUCGUUGACGUGGACCCCUUAAAUGCCUCUAUUGGUUUUUCGUUUCUCCCAGCUAAUGGUCGAUGGAAAGCAGACGGUUAUACUGCAAUGGCCCAAUUGAAUCGCCAUCUCUCGUCGACACCGAAACUUCAAAACACUUUGAAAGAUGAGAUUUACAAACAUAGAUGGGAAAAUCUGCAGAAGAUCUAUUCAGCCAAAGUGGAGUCACUUUCGAAACUAUCCACUCCUGCAACCAAUGGAUCAUUGGAUAUCCAUCACGUCGGUUUUGCCAUAAAGACAGCAGUUCCCAAGGAUACCAUUUUCGUUGUAGAGGCAGCAACAUGUGCGAUGUCUCUAUCUGAUCAAAUCCAGGCGAAUGUCCCAGCAAUUUGGAUCAACUCAGGGGGUGCGGGACUUGGAUGGAGUGGCGGAGCGGCUCUUGGUGUAAAACUAGCUCACAAUGCUAGUGGCGCUCCGAAGUUCAUCUGCCAGGUUGUUGGUGAUGGCUGCUUUCUAUUCAGCGAACCAAGCAGCGUGUAUUGGAUAGCUUCGAGAUACAAUAUCCCUGUGUUGACAAUAGUGCUUAACAAUAAAGGUAAGUUUGCUAAUUUCUUCACUAUUCAAUGGGAAUGAAUCACUAACUUCUCAUCCUCUGAGGAUGGAACGCACCGCGCCGCUCUCACGAUCUAGUUCAUCCUAAAGGCCUCGGUGCUACCGUAAUCAACAAAGAAAUGCACAUUUCACUGGACCCAUCACCAGACUAUGGUGGAAUUGCCAAGGCUGCAGCAGGAAGUACUUUCGGGGCGACCGGAGAAGGGCUGUUUACCGGAAAAGCCAGGACGGCAGAUGAACUGAAACUCUUGCUGGAACAAGCCGUAGCUUCUGUGAAGAGUGGCAAGGGUGCUCUUAUUGAAGCUGUCCUGGCGGUCGAUGAGAAGGGCGACAGUCUGAUACAGAAGUGACUCAAGCUAAAAUGCGGGCAAUUGAUUUGUGCGAAAUAGAGAAUUUGACUUAUUGACAUCAACAUGGAAC